AUGAUCUGCAGAGAAGUUCAAUUAUUUAAAGACCAUUUCCAACUCGUACAUAGUAUCCAUACACAACAAAAUUUUAUACGUGUUCCCUUCUAUCGGCGUGUGAUCUUAGGGAUGCUGUUCAGCACGCCUCCUUUGUUUCUUCCCCCGAAUGAGCUCGUUCUGGAUGGAGCAGAGUUCAUCGAGACGGUGCCUAGUACCACUGUGGAAGAUAAGCACGAGUACAUCGCGAGCCUCGGUGUUGAAUACACAGUCCUUCGCCCCACUUCGUUCAUUGAAUGGCAAAAUCCCCUUCAUCGGCACGACGACAUCGCAAAAGCCGCCUUUGACGCCCUCCUCGCUGAGAAGAGCUCCAACAGCGACUUCUACGUCGUUGGCCCCGAGCUGUUUACAUACGACCAGGCCAUCGAGAUUUUGAGCGAGGUCAUUGGACGCAAGAUCACUCAUACGCACAUCACAAACGAGCAGCAGCAAGGAUUCUUGAGGUCAGUCGGAAUGUCGCCAGAAUACGCCACCAUGUUGAACGGCAUGGGGGGUGCCAUCGCCAAUGGCGCUGAGGAGAAGUUGGUCGGCACGAGCAAGACGAUCACGGGCACCCACAAGCUCCGCGACUACUUCGAGGUGAAUAAGGCGCUCUGGGUCAAGUAG